CACGUCUCUCGGAGGUGGGUGCAAUUUCUCUCAAAAGCACAUUUGCUUGAGUGGGAACAUUCUCUACCUUGCAGAAGCUUCUAUUUGUAGAAAAACCAUGUCUCUGCUUUCGGAUCUCGUCAACUUGAAUCUCACAGACACCACUGAGAAGAUCAUCGCUGAGUACAUAUGGAUUGGUGGAUCUGGAAUGGACCUUAGAAGCAAGGCCAGGACUCUAUCUGGACCAGUGACUGAUCCUUCAAAGCUUCCAAAGUGGAACUAUGAUGGAUCAAGCACCGGACAAGCUCCUGGGGAAGACAGUGAAGUGAUCUUAUACCCCCAAGCAAUAUUCAAGGAUCCAUUCAGGAGGGGGAACAACAUUUUGGUUAUGUGUGAUGCUUAUACUCCUGCUGGAGAACCAAUUCCAACGAAUAAGAGGUACAAUGCUGCAAAAAUAUUCAGCCAUCCUGAUGUUGCUAAAGAGGAACCUUGGUAUGGUAUAGAGCAAGAAUACACCCUACUGCAAAAGGACACAAAAUGGCCUCUUGGCUGGCCUGUUGGUGGUUAUCCUGGACCUCAGGGGCCAUACUAUUGUGGUGUUGGUGCUGAUAAGGCCAUGGGCCGUGAUAUUGUGGAUUCUCACUAUAAGGCAUGCCUCUAUGCCGGCAUCAACAUCAGCGGCAUAAAUGGUGAAGUGAUGCCUGGACAGUGGGAGUUCCAGGUGGGUCCUGCUGUUGGCAUCUCUGCCGGAGAUGAAUUGUGGGUGGCUCGGUACAUCCUGGAGAGGAUUACCGAGAUAGCUGGUGUGGUCCUUACAUUUGACCCUAAACCUAUCCAGGGUGACUGGAAUGGUGCUGGUGCCCACACAAACUACAGCACCAAGUCCAUGAGGAACGAUGGAGGAUUCGAGGUCAUUAAAAAGGCCAUUGGAAAGCUUCAAUUGAGGCACAAGGAACACAUUGCUGCUUAUGGAGAAGGCAAUGAGCGCCGCCUGACUGGACGACAUGAAACUGCUGACAUCAACACCUUCUCAUGGGGCGUGGCGAAUCGUGGAGCCUCUGUUAGAGUUGGCAGAGAGACCGAACAGAAUGGCAAAGGCUAUUUCGAGGAUCGGAGGCCUGCUUCAAACAUGGAUCCAUAUGUUGUCACCUCCAUGAUCGCGGAGACAACCAUCCUCUAGAAACCACGAGAGGGCAAGGCAAAACCAAUCCCAUCUUAGUUGAUUUGAUUCCACCCAUUUCAGUAGGAGAAAGCAUCCACUAUUCGUGCCCUUCUUUUUCGUCCACUGUGAUCUGCAAGUCUUCUCGUUGACCCUUUUGUGGUAUUUUUCUUUCUUUUACUUUAUAAUUCCAUGAUAAUAAACAGGAGAAGGGCAUAUCAUUGCCAGGGACAAAUGUGUGUUGCACUUAAUAAUUAGUCAUCUGUUUUAUUUUUUUUUUU